GGUGCUUAAACUACGCUCAUUUUUAGGUGACACUAUUUUAUUGAUACCCUGCAAGCAUUUUGGAAUGCUUGGGUUGAUUUUGGUAAUGUAACGAAACAUUAUUAACACUUUAUUAACGAGAAAACAACUAUUGCAUAUUAUUUGAUAACCCCAACUUUUCUUCUUCUUCUGCAGUUGUCAAGUUAACAGUGUCAAAUUGACACUGUCAACUGUUAUUUUUGUUAUUGUAUUAAUAAUGAAUUUCUAUUCUAUUUAAAUUAAUAGAAAUCUACAGAUAGAAAUAAAAGAAUUUAAUUAUAAUUCUUAUAAAAUUUAAACUAAUUUUGAACAAUCCAUUUCAAUCGAACUACUGUCAAACAAAUCUAUACCGGGUCACCAAAAAUUUAAAGAAUUUCAACACUGAAUUCCGUGCAUUAACGUGACAAACAAGAAUUAAAUUAGCCAGCCGGACAAAUUGCCAAGGUUUAUUAAUACUAAAAAAAUCUAAUAUGGCCAUUACAGAAGGUUAAACCAUAAAAGGAGUUUAUUAUUUGUUUAUUGUUUCUGCCUUAAUUUGUGUGUAAUUCUUUGUGUUUGUCAAAAACAGCUGAUUAGUGUUUAUUUGACAUUUCUACCUGACGUUUGUGCGUUAAAAAACUAAUACUAAUACUAUAGCAUGGGAAAUAAGUAAAAAAUCGCGUUCGUUAUUGAAUUAAAAUGGAAAAUAUUGAAAAUAUAGAUAAUUAUUUGUGGGGCUAUUUGCCGUAUCCUGCCCUAAUAAACAUAUUUAAGUAUUUAAAUUGCCAAGAACUUCUUUGUGUUAGUGGUUUGUGCAAAAAUUGGUUUGAAGCUAGCAGAAACGAUUUACUUUGGAGGGAACUGUUUUAUAAGAGUUUUUUAGUUGAUAGAUCUGUUCACAAUGUGCAAGGCAAAACUUGGUAUGAAGAGUUUAAACGGUUAUGUUAUAAUAUACCUGUUGUACAAACAGAAACUUUAACUGACCAUGUGAAUCAGGUUUUGCAUGUUAGCUUUUCACAUAAUGGAAAAUAUUUUGCAACUUGUUCUAAGGAUGGGUAUGUUUUGGUGUGGAAUUCAGAUUAUCCUGCAACAAUAAAACAUCAGAAGGACAUGAAGUCUUUUGCCUGGAAGUAUACGCAAUUUUCCCAAUUUAAUGAGUCAGAUACUUUAUUGUUGGUGUCUGGUGUACAUUUUGGGACCCCUCACAGCACUUCAGGGGAAAUUGCCGUUUUUAGCUUACAAGAUGACUUUCAACUGCAAUGUCGAGUGGUCAACAAACCCUACGAUAUAUUUGGAACAUGGUAUAGUGACCAAUACCUCUUAUCUGGAGAUUUGGCAUGGCUCGCCCAUUUGAUCAGCUCUUCGUUUUUGUGGCUCAAUAAAGCAUCUCAGGAAACUGAUUCUGAGUUGGUUCCGAUCACGCAUUGCCUGUUCAGGUUUUACAACAGAAACGCCAGUUCCAUCAGGUCGAUCAUGAUUGCCAACUGUCUGCCUAACUCGGAGAAAGUUACCAAAGAAGAGACUGAUCGGGAGAGUGAGAGGAAUAUGAGGCAGGAGGCUGUUUUUGAGCAUGGCAAUCCUAUCAGUCAUAGGGAUAUUAACAUGCCUUGUAGUAGCCAUAUACCAGGUCCUACGGUCAUACCUCUAUUAAGAACUCUAUCGGCGAAUAAUGCCGACCUGGCCAAUCCAAUUUGGUACAAUUCCGACUAUCGACGAGUCGAAACGGAGCUGAACGAUUCGGCGAACGAAAACGAUAGCGAAAUGCAAUCCGACGAGAUGGGUAAAAUGAAUAACGAAGAAAUGGACGAUGAUGUUUCCGAAACAUCCAAUGACGAUACGGACGGUUGCGUUAAGAACGACAAAUACUUAAUUUUUAUUACCGGGUAUAAGACUUAUACGCCGCACCAAAUAGGUAUCAAAAGGAUUCAGCCCUUUGAAUUCCCAAAGAGAAUGGACCCAGGCCCUUCUCUAAAGGAAAGGCUACUAUUGCACGAACAAAAAAAGGAAAAAUUGAAGUCCGGAUCUCCUCCUCCCGACCCCAACUGGUUAAAUUAUGACGAAGUUGCCGACAAAUUUGAUAAAGUUGAUCACAUGAUUGAUCUGCAUGGGCACAUUGUGGGAAUGGGACUGAGCCCAGAUCAUAGGUAUCUAUAUGUGAACAGCAGAUCCUGGCCAGUGGGAUACCAAAUAUCGAAUCCUUUGGACCCUCCUCCAAUUGCUCAAGAAAUUGAUAUCCAUGUUAUUGACUUGGUUACCCUCAAGCAAGUGGGGACCAUGUUGAGGGCUCAUAAAGCGUACACACCGAAUCACGAGUGCUUUUUUAUUUUUUUGGAUGUCUGCAAUGAAUAUGUUGCCAGCGGGGCAGAAGACAAACACGGCUACCUCUGGGACCGACACUACGGCGUCUGCCUGGCCAAGUUCCCGCACCGCGACGUCGUCAACUCGGUGGCGUUCAACCCGAAGGAUCCCGAGAUGCUGGUGACGACGUCGGACGAUCACACGAUAAAGGUGUGGCGAUCGCGCUCGAAAAUCAAGCAGCUCGGCCUCGAAGAGGCGCAACUUCAGAUGGGCGUCGAGCUGAGGACGGAGGGGAAAGGGAAGGGGAAGCCGGAGGCGAAGAAGAGGUUAUGACGACACGCGACUCGCAGGCGAGGGUUCGGAUGCUUUCCGGAAUCCUUUCAGUACAAUUAUGAUGAUUCUAUGAUACGCGAUUUGUACUUUUAGUAAAUAAUUGCACAUUUUCUACAAAUACCUACCUAUAAUUGAUGAAAAAAUAUUUCUGGACAUUAUAAGGAGCAAUGACAAAAAAAAUAAAACCAACUUUAUGCACAAUAUUAGAUGUAAUUUUUACAUACUAUAAUAUUUACAUGUUACGCCAAACUAAAUGUCCGUCCAUAGUUCGGAUUGUUUAAAUUAUAUAAGCAAUAUUAUUUAUUCACUUAUACAUAUUUAUUGUAAGAAAAUUUGAAAAUAAUAAAUCUUUUAUUAGUCCAAUUUUUAAUAUAUUUUAUUUAUGCUAAACCAGAGAAAAAAUCCGAGGCAUUUUUAAGUUUAGAAGAUGGUAAGUUGUUUUCCAAAUCUUUUUUUCUCUCAUGUUUCUUGUGUUUGUGAGAAACUUUUUCGAAAUCUUCAAAGUACUGAAUAUUCCAGAAUUUAACAUCAUUAUUAUGGCUACUUGAAGCAAUGAAUUUGCCUGUGUUGCAAAUGUCCACAUUUUCAACUGAUAGUUGAUGCUGACCAACAACUCCCAAAUGUCUAAAAAAAAUAUUUAUUAUUAUUAUUAAAUUAAGAAAAUAAUUACCUAUGUGGAAAUAAAUGUGUAGCUCUUAAAUUUCCAUCUUCACAGGCUGUGACAGCAAUAUUUUCUGUAAUUGGUACCAAGGAGUUAAUUGUAGUUUUUGGUCCUGGGAAGGCAUCACUGUGUAGCCCAAAUUCGUUCCAAUUAUAUAAAUACAAUUUCCCUUUAGAGGAACCUGAAACCAACUUGGUUUCUCCCCUAAAUAUUCCAAGACAUGUCAGUUCUUCUUCAUACUCUUCAGAUUGCAUAUGAAACUUUCUAGAAUAAGAAAAAGUGUAAAAAAGUUAUUCAAACAAAGUUAAAU